CUCCAGAUCCUUCACUGCAUCCAGGCCCCGGCAACUUUACCAUCUUACCAAGAGACGCUCAGUCUGAAACCCACCGGAGAAACCAUGCAGUCUGCCGACACUAAGCUCAGCCGAAGCUCCCUUCAGCUGGCCCUGAGGCGCUACAGCUCAGUGGUGCGUGAUAUGGAGCAGACCAUCCUGCUUCCCAGCCUCCUGAGGGAUGUGCCGUACGACGAGGCUGCGGACUGCGAGGCCGCAGACAACAGCAUGGACCUGUACGAGUACUACCUUAUGCUGAAAGCCAUCAAGAACACGGUGGAGAGCGGCCUCAUCCCCCAUGACGACGCCAAGGCUAAGAGUCAAGCCGACCUGCACAAAGGCCUGGAGCCCCUGCUGGAGGCCCAACCUGAGGCACUUUUCCACUUCCAUCUGGGAGGCCUGUUCACAGUCAUGGCUACGCUCGCAAAGAAGUCCCAGAACUUGACUGAGAAAUACUUGGACAUCAUUGGGGUCAGCCAUUAGGAUUCAGCACAUCUUGAAGAAUCCAUCUUGAAGUGGAAGCAAUUACCUGGAAAGCUGUUUACAUCCUUGUCACUAUCUGAGUGACAUGCAAUAAAAAGUCUAGAAAAAUAA